CUUCCUCUGCCUUUCAGUAGGGGCCCUGAACUCGAGUGUCCAGAUUACACGUCCGGCGGUUCCCACAGCUGCUACUUUGACAAGARACACACGUCCAUCUGGAAGUACUACUGCAUGACGGUGACGGCCAUGACGCCCCACAGGAACUACACGUCCCAGCAGCACUGCCUGGACGUGGCAGAGAUUGUGGAGCCGGAGGCUCCGGUCAACCUGAGUUUCUCCCUGAGGGACGCCGGCGGCGACGAGGCGGGCCACAGCGCGCUGCUGUCCUGGACGUACCCGGCUCCUGAGGACCUGCGCUAUGGCUGGAUCACUCUGCUGUACGAGCUGCAGUACCGACGCAUCGGAGAGGCUGACAAGUGGAAGGUGAAGCAUCCUCUGCGGGAGCCRCAUGUGGAGCUGCUCGGCCUGCGACCCGACGACUACGUGGUUCGGGUCCGCUGCCGCUCCCACAACUCCCGGCUGUGGAGCAAAUGGAGUGCCGYGUUGCUCGUGAGCGUCCCCAACAGGCUGGCUGCAGGUAAAGUCCUGGUUCUGGUUCUGGUGGUGGGAGUCGGAGCCGUGGCUCUGCUGGUCAUUGCCUUCGGGGUGAUUCCUCAGAGCAGGAGAAUAAAAGACUACUUCCUGCCACCCAUUCCCAAGCCACGAAUCAUCGGCAUUGACCCUCUGCUUCUGAAGAAGGGGAACUUUGAUGAAAUCAACCGUCACUUCGGUAACUUCCAUGGCUACCGGCCUCCCAGUUACUCGGUGGAGGUGUGGGACCAAGUGAGCGCUGACGGGAUCUACCUGAGCGCGCCGCGGGACGGCAGCAUCCCACCCAGUGUCUUGGACAGAGACAGAGGAACACCGGUCGCCAUCCAGAACUUGUUUCCCAUCCAGAACCCGUCGCCGUUCAUCCGCAGCGCUCCGCCGUACUGUGCCGUGCCGCCCGAGGCCUUCGCUGCGCUGCAGAACGCGCCGUCUCCGUGGCAACAGCCCGAGACGGYGUUCGUUCCCGGGUCACACUUCAGCACGAUGGAGCGCCUCGGCGUUCCUGACGCCUCCGUCUCCGCUCCAGAUCCGGCCYGCGCUCCGGUCCAGGACUUCUACACCUGCGUCCAGCUGAUGAGGGACAGCGGCGAGGUCCACUUGGUGCCGUGUCUGCCGGCGCCGUACUGCCAGGACUUCCUGCUGCCGCCGGGUCCAGAUGCCGCCAAGCGAGAGGAGGAGGAGAAAAGCAAGAGGCUGGCCGAGUACCAGGCCCGGAAGAGCGCGACGGAGGACGACGGCGACGACAGGAGCGAUGCCGCCGACCCGCUGCUGCCCGUCAGCCCAGAAGACACCAGCUAGAGGACCGGAGACCGGUUCGGAUCCGACGUUCUGCUCCACUCUGUUUUUGCUAACGCUGUUAGCGAAAGCUCCGACUGGGUUGGAAACUGUUGGCAUUCAUGUUUACUGUUGGUGUGAUAAACACAAUUAUUGAUGCAUUCAUGUUUAAUCCAACUAGAAGUUUAUAACAAGUCAUUGAACUGGUUCUGGUUCUGAUCACUCCACCCAGGAGGAGCUGGACUUCCUGAACUCUUCUUCUUUGUUUUAGUGGCAGUUGGCUUUAACUAUAGGAAGUAUUAACGCCACCUACUGGUCAGGAGUGUGGACUACAUCGCCAUGAACUCUGGGUACUGUAGUCCAUUUGAAAUGGGCCAGGAUACUUCAGGAUUUCAAGCUUCGUCUUUCUCAGGAAACAGGAAGUGGUGACGGCUGGUCGGAGAGGAUUCUAGUUCUCUACGUCCAAAACCUCCUGGGUUUAUUUUCCGUUGUUUCACUCACACCUCAUUUUUUUCCCACUUCACUCUUCAGAAGCACUCACUCCUUAAUUAUCCAUGUGCAGGGAUAUAAAUUUGUGAUUACCCAGAACAUGAGAGGAAUCUAAGUGGGCCUAUAAGGUCCAUUUGUGUCAUUAUCAUUUUUAAUACCGGCAGAUUCYAUAAAACCGCUAAAAAUCA